AUGAGUAUGGAUAGCAUUAAUAAGCGCGAUAAAUCUCCAUAUAAGGGCAUCGAUGAUGAAAAUGUCGUGGUUUUAAUUCGUGACCUUGCCAAAAAGCGUGGUAUUCUCAAAGCGAGACUUACAAAGUUCUCCACUUAUUUAUCCAGUUGUCGAUCUGAACAGCCUACAAAUUUAAGUACCGAAUUAAAGUUGCGCACCGAGAGGGCUACAUCCUUAUUUCGUGAAUUCAACGAUAUUCAAAGUAAAAUCGAGGAAACUGUUCCCGAGUCCAAUCUUGAGGAACAACUACUGCAUCGGGAACAAUUUGAAAAUAGUUUUUACAGUGCCCGGGCUCUUGCCGAGUCGUUGAUAAGUUCAAAUGUCACUUUCACUCGCUCACAAGGUCAUAGCAAUAAUCCUAACGCCUUACAAUCCAUAAGAUUACCGACUAUAACUAUGCCUAAAUUUGAUGGUUCGUAUGAAAAUUGGCUCGAAUUUAGAGACACGUUUAUUUCACUUGUUCACAAUUCAAACGAACUUAGUGAAGUACAAAAAUUUUAUUAUUUAAAAACGUCUUUGUUAGACAGCGCAUUGCUAAUAAUAAAUACGUUAGAAUUAACAUCUGAUAAUUAUAUAAUCGCAUGGGAGCUUUUACAAAAUCGAUACAACAAUAAUAGGUUGUUAAUUCAAAAUCAUAUUAAAUCCAUUUUCAAUAUUCAAUCGUUUGCAAAAGAAUCACAUAUUUUAAUAAGAACAUUAAUUGAUUGCACGUUAAAGAAUUUAAGAGCUUUGAAGUUAUUAGGCGAACCGGCUGACACUUGGGAUACGUUAAUUAUAUACAUUUUGGUGUCUAAACUAGAUAAAAUCACUGAACGCGAGUGGGAACAACACAAAGGCAAUCUUUACGCUAGUGAUAGUCAUAUAAAGUUAUCGCUAAACCACCUAAUACAAUUUCUAAAUAGUCGAGCUGAUAUGUUAGAAACUUUGCAAGCAUCACAUAGCAAAGAUCCGACUGAAGUUAAAAAACAAAAUAUUAAUUAUCACCAUCACAGGUCACAUUGUAACGUUUCUACCAAUAACGGACAAGAUCAACCAACUAAUAAGUUUUACAGGCCUUGUGUAAUGUGCAAACUUACACACCCGCUUUAUUCUUGUACUAAGUUCAUAGAAGCUAAUUUAAACACUAAAUUAAAACUAAUACGCGAUAAUAACCUUUGCAAAAAUUGCUUGCGUUCAGGGCAUACUGUGGAUCAGUGUAAAUUCGGCCACUGCAAAAGAUGUAAUAAGAAACAUAAUACACUUAUUCAUACUGACAAUUUACAUUCAACCUCCGUAACGAUGCAGUCGUCAAUGCAAACUGAUGAGUUGAGAGCUAUAGACCCGAGCCGUCGCAGCGCGACACUACUCGCCGCUCAAUCCUUUUCUAUAAAUCACGCACACAUGGGGAUCGAGCCUAUCGAUACGAAUGAUCCACAAACAAAAUCACUUGCGUCUCAUUCACAUGCAUUGCAACCUGUAUUGCUGUCGACUGCAGUCAUCGAAGUGGCAAGCGACAAUCGUAUAUACAUCGCACGCGCUUUAUUAGACAGUGGUAGUCAGCGCUGUUUUGUUACAAAAUCAUUUUGUGAUUUAAUAAACGCAAAAUUAAUACAGUCCGCUCACGAGAUUAGAGGUGUAGGUAAUUCAGUUACGCAAUGUAGUGAAAGAUGCGAGCUGACAAUAAAAUCGCGCAUAAAUGCCUACACUACAACCAUUCAAUGUUUUGUACUACCAGAAAUUACAUGUAAGGUCCCAGUUAUUGAUAAUUUCUCACACAAACAUUUCUGUAUUCCAGAUAACAUUCAAUUGGCGGAUCCACAGUUUUUGCAGUCUCAAAAUAUAGACAUUCUGAUCGGCGCAGACAUAUUUUGGGACUUGCUUACUAACGGUAAAAUAAGGCUACAUAAUGGACCUUAUUUACAUAAUACAUUAUUCGGCUGGGUAAUAUCAGGUCCCAUACAUUACAAUUCACGCAACCAAUUUGGCCAUAUCCAGUGCAACUACUCAAGCACAUUAGACACAUUGUUACGACAGUUCUGGGAACUGGAGGAGCUACCCAAGCAUCAGGGCGCACGGACUGAUGAGGAGCAAGCGUGCGAGAAUCAUUUCGUCACAACCACUACGCGAAACAGUGACGGUAGGUUCUGCGUUUGUAUUCCGUUUAAACGGUCACCUGAGGUCUUGGGAGACACGUUUCCUCAAGCAGAACGACGCUUUUUGAUGCUGGAAAGACGAUUACAACGUUCAGAAACGUACAAAAAACUUUAUAGCGAUUUUAUGCAUGAAUAUGAAAAUAUGGGACAUAUGACUAAGAUCACAUCUUAUAGCAACCCACACUAUUUCAUGCCUCAUCAUGGGGUUUUGCGUGAACAUAGUGUAACUACGAAGUUGCGUGUAGUAUUUGACGCCAGCGCCACUUCCAGCUCAGGCUUAUCUCUCAACGACAUCCAGCGUGUAGGAGAGCCCAUACAAGGUGACUUACUAGCUAUCCUUUUACGCUUCAGGCAACACCGGUAUGUGACCUGCGCUGACGUUGAGAAGAUGUACCGGCAGGUGCUGGUUGAGGAGCAGCAGCGUCAUCUACAGCUUAUUCUCUGGCGAGACGAUCCUUCGCAGCCGCUCGGUAUUUACCGUCUAAACACCGUCACUUAUGGUACAGCAUCUGCUCCUUUUUUAAGUAUACGUUGUUUAAAACAGCUGGGCACCGAAAGUGCUGAUCCUGACGUCCAGAGAAUAAUAAAAGAAGAUUUUUUCGUUGACGAUCUUAUUACUGGCGAUGACGACCUGACGAAAUUAUUGUAUUUAUGCAAUGAAACUGCCAAAACAUUGAUGUCAGGUUGUUUUCCACUUCGAAAGUGGGCCUUUAAUUUUUCACAAGAAAAUCUCCACGCAUCAAAUAAUUAUAACGCAUUAAAUGAAUUAUCUUUUAACAAUAACAGUAGUAAUAAAACAUUAGGUAUAGGCUGGUUUAAUACGACAGACGAACUUCAUUUUAAUACACAAAUUGAUUUUAAUAAUAAUAAUUCUAAAUGUAUAACUAAACGUAUUAUUUUAUCUCAUAUUUCUCAAAUAUUCGAUCCUCUCGGGCUAAUUAGCCCCAGCAUUACGCAAGCGAAGAUUUUAUUACAGCGUCUAUGGCUACUUAAAAUUGACUGGAACGAUGCAGUGCCCGAUGACGUCACUCGUACGUGGAACCGGUUUAUAUCGUCCCUCGCUAAUGUUCUCAAUACUAUCCGUGUGCCGCGUUAUGUACUAGGAGAAAACCAUAAGCAUACUCUCACGGAAUUGCACAUAUUUACAGACGCUUCACAAUUAGCUUAUGGCACUUGUAUUUAUGUUCGCACAGUUAGUGACGACUUGAAUGUUUCUGUACGAUUGCUCUGCGCGAAGGGCAAGGUAGCACCUUUAAAUUCGGUAAGCAUACCGCGCUUAGAACUGUGUGGCGCGCUAUUAGGAGCGAGACUAUACGAUAAGGAUUAUCUUCCUCUCAGCCCAGCUCAUUUCCUGGUCGGUCGCACUUUGACAUCACCGGCAUGUGAAGAUUUCACAAAUGCAAACACGCUGCGGCUUACACGCUACCAAAGAGUUGAACAGAUGCGACAGCAUUUCUGGUCUCGUUGGAUGAAGAAGUACGUUGGUGAACUGCAAAUUCGCAACAAAUGGAAGUCGGAGAUAGAUGACCUUAAGCCUAAUACAUUAGUGGUUAUUAAGGAUGACAAUCUUCCCCCUCUUAAGUGGCAGUUGGGACGUGUGACACGAACGAUACCCGGCAAGGACAAUAUCACACGAGUCGCUGAAAUUCGUACCAACACGGGUCUUAUCAGGCGCUCAUGCACAAAAAUCUGUCCCCUGUUUGAAACCGAUUGAAAGUCAAGACUUCCAAGGCCGGGGGUAUGUUCGGGCAUCCGCGGUGCCAUCUGCCGACAAGUUAAGGAGGCAGACGGUGGCGCUUUACUCGUUAUUUAAGACGGAAUAAAAUUUUAACACUAACCAAUCAGAUUGUAUAAAUUAAAUUAAAAAUACCAUUCACAUUUUUGUAACUACUAACUAACGAACGAGGAAUAAAACGCUAAGACAAAACGA